CAGGGGGGAGGCGGUGCGAGCAGGGGGAGGCGGUGUGAGCAGGGAGAGGCGGUGUGAGAUCCCGGCUCUGCCCGUUCAGGUGUGAGUGGCAUCUGUGAAAACGGUAUUUUAGGCAGAUGUGGAUGGCUCAGCUUUGACGUGUUCUGCCUUUGUUGUCCCUCAACUCUGGGACCUCGUGGAAGCAGAGGGAGAACGUAGCCCCCUCACGUGACAGCGCGACCAUUGCUCAGUCCGUUACAAGACGCGGGAUAUUCAUGCAGAUCAAAAGCUUCGCGUCCUGUAAACCACUUUCUGGUGAGGACUUUUCAUGCACUGCAUUUGAACUUGUGUGGACAUACAGGCCGAGGUGACUCUGCAACCCACCCUGCCGUGCUGUGAGGGACACUGGCCUUGGGUGAUGACAGCGAGCAGUGACACCCGCUCAGUGCCCGGGGGCCUGCACAGCCACCUGGCAGGUUACAUCACACAGCUGUGUCUCAGAUACUCAGGGACCAGGAACCGGACCCCAGAAUUCACCCAAGACUGGUGGAAAUGAGCACACUGUCCCUGUGAUCAAAAGUUUGAAUGUCACGUUUGGUUCAAGGGGACUGAUUCCCCGUAGAGAACUUUGUAAACACACACCCACGUAAGAGCAUAGAUACGAGCUUACUUCCGUGCGGUGGAAACGCUGACUUUCUGCUUACAAUUUCCUUUCGGAAUUACCAACCUAGUCAAGGUUCAUGGAACAAAACAUGAGAGUAGAUUAUCAUAAGCACCCCCGUGGCUAAUUUAGGAUUUUCAUACAUAAAUCUUCAGAAGUACUUAGGGGAGUUUUGCUGUUUCUUCAGUUGGACACCCUGUGGCAUCGGAUGGUAUCUGACGAUAGGAUCGUGAUAAACGGUCUUGAGAUGGUUUCCAGAAAAGAAAAUAAACCAAAACGAAAAGUGUAUUCGUGUGCCCUUCACUGAAACAACAUAUAUCUAAGAAGAGUUAGAGCAGCAGGUGAGCUGAAGAGGGCUCACCUGAGGCCGUCUGUGUAAAUGGUAUCUUGGAAUGUCUUUUUCUCCCCGUGUGUCUGGCCGGACAUCGCUGUUUCUUAAUCUGAAUAACCACGUCUCGUUGCCUGAGUUUUUUAAAGCAUUCCCCUGAACGUUUCUUAACCUGAAGAGUUUUCAAGUUAUUUUUAUCCUUCAACACUAGCAGCAGCUAACACGGGCUGGUACCAGGCUGGCACCGUGUCGGCACUUUCUCGGUGCUGGACGCUGCUUGUGAAAAGCAGACAUUGUUGAAGAACCCCCGUCUCCGCGGUGCCAGACAUUUGACGGCAUUGUUCCUUGGCUCCCAGGGACAGAAAGUGCUGCUGAACAGAUCUGCAACUGUCCCCAAGAAGAGACCUAAAAAUAACUCUCUCAUUUACUAAAAUGUAAAUGUAUCGAUUAUUUGUUGACACUGGGAGCCGUGGGCGAUGCCGUCCUGUUUCUGACCCGUCCUGGGUAAGGCGUGACCAAAGUAUUCUCUGAAUACUUACGAAGUAGCAUUAAUGUUUCGAGGUGCGACGGUCAAGCUUGAAAUUGUUUCAGCUGAGAGAAGGGAGGCCGGUCAAAACAGUUAAGUCACGGACCCCUGUUUCCUCUUCGUCUGGUCACAGCACACGCCCCCCGUAAGGCGGUCUGGUGCCAGUGUCCGAUCUUCUCGGAAGACCAAGGACACAGUUUCUGGAACCUGUGUCUUUGGCUGAAAGCAUGAGAAAGCUUGCCACUUUCCGUGCACCUGCUCUCUGCUCCCUUCAAUCCGGAACACCCGCAGCUAUGCAGUCAGCAAGCAAAAGUUCCAAAAAGAUCUCAGAGGCUGUAGACGCUGGCACCUCUUUCCAUUUCGUCGUGAAUGGUGCUUCUUCACGUCCACACUGGAGAGCUCCAAGUUUGACUUCUGUUGUGCUGUGAUUCGUAGGAAUGGCUCAGCUUUUACCUGGUUUCAAAUAGAUAAACUCCACUGCAGUCCUCACUUCCGUUUUCUACAGGCCUUUAUCGGUAAUUUUUCCAAAAUAAGCAGUCGUGUGUCAUCUGAUGAGUUAGCGAACAAACUUCAGAAUUGUAAAGGAGGGAAGGGGCGCCUGGGGGCCUCAGUCGGUUAAGCGUCUGACUCUUAAUUUCAGCUUAGGUUGUGAUCAUGGGAUCCCAUGGGAUCAUGGGAUUUCAGCUCAGGUCAUGGGAUCGAGCCCUGUGUCGGGUUCCAAGCUGAGCGAGGAGCCUAUUUAAGAUUCUCUGUCUCCUUCUCUGCCCUCCUCUCUCUCUCUCUCUCUCCCCCCCUCUCUUUCUCUCUAAAUUAAAAUUUAAAGAAUUUUUAAGAUAAUGAAUCAUAAAAUAAUCAUCAUUAAUUUUACUCAUUACGUGAAAACCAAAUGCAUUUUUAUCACCACCUUAUGGGUCAAGCCACAACACUUCCACAGCGCAAGGAACACCUUCCCAUGCGUCCUGGCACUGAGUGCAAAAAAAGAGUUACGUAGAUUCUUGGACUCUGGGGCUCACAGUUUGCUGACUUCUCCUGAAGUUGUGUGAUGUGUAACUGUCCGUUUUGUAUCCUAUGGAGGCCGCAUGGCUAAUUAGUCCUGUUCUUAGAGCUGAAAAUUAGAUUAUAGAUGACAGGGGUCAAUAAGCUUUCUCUGUAAAGGGGCAGGCAGUAAAUGUUUUAGGCCAGAUGGUCCGUUUGGUGCUUACUCAACUCUGUUUUUGGAGCAUGGAAGCGAACACAGAUGCUUUUGUCAGUAAAUGAGCAAGGCUGCGUUCCAAUAAAACUUUAUUUAUGGACACCGACAUUUGAAUUUUAUAUACUUUCCAUGUGUCAUGAAAUACUAUUUUUUUCCUUCUAAACUAUUUAAGAAAGUAACAAAAAAAAAUUGUCGGCUUGCAAGCUGUACAAGAAAGGAGACGGGCCAGAUUUGGCCGUGGGUGUAGUUUGCAGACAACUUUUGCGUCACUGAUGAUGCAAAUGGCCUGCUAACCAGUAAAGUCGUGAUGAUUUCUGCUCAGUUCAGAAUAGGAAUGAAGCACUGUGCCUAUAGCCAGUCAGAACAUUUCCUGUGCUUGAAAAACAGUCCACGAAGUAACUGACGAAGGAUUCCUUCAUUAAGCAAGUGCUGUAUGCACACACGUGCUGGUGUGCGUGUGUCCGUGCACACAGCCGCACAGAUGUCGUGUGCAUGCAUGCACCCAUGCAUGGCAGCACUCCCAGGCCCUUCCAGGCCUUUCUGGGCCCUGUGGAGGUGGGACUACAGGGAGACUGAACAGAGGCGUCACACAUCCGGGACAGUAUGUCCGUCUAAUUCCCAGGACACGUUACGAAGCAGCGUGAAAAACCACACGAUAUGGUAGCAGAAAGCUCGGGUUGGCAUUUCUCCUCGCUGGGUGCUGGCGGGUAAGACCGCCCAAGCAUGACUGCGUCACGUGUAAAAUUGGGGCGGUGACGUACGUUCUUUGUGGAGAUGUGUCCGAGCGUCUGUAACCCCCAGGUCCCCUCGUGCCGGUUCUUAGAGAGGCCACUGCCACGCUUCGGAGCUGUUGGUUCCGAACCUGCCCUCCGUGCUGUGACGUGUUUUCAGGCUCUUGUCCUUUCAGCUGCUGCUGUUCCCGUUUCCUUUCAUCUAAGAUUUCUGACUCCAGCUCUUAAUUCCCAUGCGGAUCGAUUAAUCCUUCAGCGGAUCGAUCUAUUGGGUGAUUCACUGAAAGGCCUCCUGCCAGUGCUAACUGGCCUAAAUUAUUGGCCCUGGUACGGACCGAAGCCCUCGUGCGCGGGGAGGGUUUUUAAACGUUUAAUUUGCUCGCCGUCUUCCGGAGGGAUUAUCGAUCACCUUACUACUCCCUGCUGUGGCUUCGAAUUUGUGUGGAAAUACCCUCCAAGUGCAACAGUGUUUUAUUUCAGAAUCGUGUCUUUCUGUAAUUGGUUCACAUGCCCUGACUCAGGGGGUCAGUUGGAUGGACCCCCCCCCCCCGUCCCCCUGCACCCUGCCUGGGGCCACGUCCCCUCUGUCACCAGCGCGUGCUCUGUGCCUGCCCUCACCAAGCAUCAGCGUGGCUCCCGGAACCUGAUGUGCACGGAGCAACCUCCCCCCACCGCCGAGAGGCCGUCCACCCCUCAGGGAACAGACGCUCCCCCGGUGAAGCCCACCGGCAUCCGCUCCCCCAUCCCGUUCACUGACCUUCAGCCAGGACUGUUGGGAGCAGCCCUCCAGCGGUCUCUCUGUGCCUCUGGCCAGUCUCUCCAGAAGCUGGACACACUCCUGACAACAGGGCAUCACGGGAGAAGGAUAUCCGAGUGCUUGGUCAGCCAGUGCUCGGAAACAGGAGGCCUGAUGUGGAGCGAGCCUCCCUGGUCUGUCAGUUUGUCCCAAGAGAUGACGUCCCUAUUCUGCCCGCUGGAUCAGCAGGCAGUCAGAUGGACGGGAGGGUGCGGGCUGCUCGGGACCCGAGGGCAGGCCAGGCAGAGGGCAGGGGUCGGCUGCCAGAGCCGGAUGGCCUGAGCCUCCUCCUGGGACCCAGGGAGAGCGUUUGGAAGUAGGGAAAGAAAGCUGGAAGGAAGAUGGUCGCACAGGCCCCAAGGUCAGCGAGGCCUGCAGGACAGACAGCUUCCGCCCGAGAAGGUGGCGUCCUCCGACGGGAGAGGGGCCCCCGUGGGUUCCUGAGGGUGCCCGAGAAUGCACGUACACAGGGGCCUGAGCGGAGGGUGGGCGCUGGGAGGGCGUGGGAGACCGGAAGGAGCCGGUAGAGCCGGUGUGGCCCGGAUCGGUUCUCCAGGCACCCCCACACUAGGAAGGGAAACAGACCUGUGUUCAAGUCACAGCAUUGGCUUUCCAGCAAAAGUCCUUUAGCGGCAUGGUGGCGUCAACGUGACCCGGCACACCUAGUCUCCCCAGCACACGCGUGCCCAUGCACACACACGCACGCACACAUGUACACUCGUGCACACGCUCGCGUGCAUGCACAUGCACGUGUACACAUGUGCACACAUGUUGCAUUUACAGGCACACGAGCACAUAUACGCAUGCACACGUCUACAUGUGCACAUAACACACACAUGCGCGUAUGUGCAUGCACACACAUACACACAUGCAUACUGUUACAUGCACACAUGCACACACAUGCACACAUACAUAUGCUUACAUGUACACAUAUGUGCAUGUACUUACAUGUGUGCACAAAUGCACAGGCAUGCACACAUGUACACUCACACGGUCACAUGUAUGUACACGUAUGUAUACGCGUGUGUGCACUAACAUGCACACAUGUGCGUAUACACAUACACGCGUGUACACAUACAUGUGCACACAGCGCACACUUGCACAUAUAUGCAUGCGCACACAUCCACACCCAUGCACACAUGCAUACUCUUACGUGCACGCAUGCACUUACAUGUACACAUAUGUGUGCAUGCACUUAACAUGCACACACUCACAUGUGUGCACAAAUGCACAGGCAUGCACACACAUGCAUGCACACACACAAGAGGAGCAGAGGAAUCAGGAGCAGCAGAAAGGCACUGUCACCAAGCUCCGCACAAUGCACACACCAUUACAGGUGUUGCGUGUCCCUCCCUGCCCUCCAUCUUCUCCCAGCAGGUGACUGUCUUUCCCACAGUCCUACAGAGAGGAAGUCUGAGGCAGCGCCCAGAUGGUACCUGCUCCAAAGGCUCCUUACAGUAGGAAGUCACCUCCCCUCCAACCUUCUUUGACCGCUGCACACGGCACUGGGAGACUCUGACAGCACAGGGGCCCCCCUGCCCCCCUGCAGUCGUCCUGCCACGUGGCCUCUGAGAAGAGACCCCUCCUCUGCUUUUGCAGCAUUUUCUUCCCUUCUUAAUAGUCACUGUGGCGGGGGCUGCAUGCAGACUCAGUCUCGUUCCUGGUGCACGAUGGCCACCGCCAGCAAAGGCCAUGCACUUGGCUUUCCUGCUUUGGCCUGAUGUGUACCUGCUCCCCCCAACACCGCCCCCAUGGGUGCCCCUCACACACAUUUGCUGUAAAUGCGUGAGCAUACACGCAGGGGGGUCAAGGUGUGGGGCGUGUGUUUGAGCUUUCCUCUGUGGUACUUCUUCUCCCACAAAGGAAGCAAGCACCUGUUCACAUCUCCUGGCCCCCGAGGAGGACUGGGAGCAGGGGGUGGGGGGCCUGACUGCCCCGAGCCAGGACGAGGGCUCCUUAACUUGUUGACGUGCCCCGGAAAGGGCUCCCGGCCCCCGAGAGACCCUGAGCCGCCCCUGGAUCUCCAUCUCAAGCCUGUGCCGAGUUGGCCGUCUUGAGGGUGCGCUGGGCAGCCUGGGGUGGCCCCGUGGCUGGUGGGGAAGGUGGCAGCCUGAGCUCUGGGCGUGGAGCGCCUGCCCACGACAUUUCCAACCCAGCUACUCUGUGCGGCGUUUCAGGGUGUGAUAACGCACAUCAGAUGACAUUGUGAUUUUCACACAAGUCAGCCGUGAGGUCACAGACCCGGCUGGGAGAUCUCAGACCUGCCCAGGAUUGCAACAGGGACAAGGGCUGAAUGGGGUCAAAGUGAAGGAAGUGACCUGAGCACAGGUUGGGGCCAGCAGGAAGGGCUCGGACCACGGGCUGCUACUUUGCAGCUGUUGACAGUCGUGACCCAGGGCCAGACGGCUUCUCCCGAGGAAAGGUUACUAUCCUGGCUGAAGGCGUCAGCACAGAGCUUGAGUGUGAUGCCCGCUGAGCUCUGGAAAGCCACUGUUGAACUUGUGUUUGGGCUAAAGGUAAACCAAGACGGUUUAAAGGUGAUGUUUAAGGUGCAUGAUGCUGUUUUCGUGUUCUGAGGAUGUUUCCACUUUUCUUCACUGUUUGCUGCACUGACUGUAGCUCGUCGAAGCCUGGAGUCUUGUUACCUUCUUGUUUGUUUUCUGAGGCCAAAUUUUGGGGGAGAAGGAGAAGUACGGAAAGCUGGAAGGGAUUGGCCCGGCAUUUCCUCCUGCAGUUCCCGUUCAUGUAUUGAAGUGUUUGCACUUUAAAAUCGCUGCAGGAAUCUAAGAGCGAUGUGUGGGGCCCGCUUCCAGAACGGGCAAAUCUGCGUCAACCAGGCUGGCAUUGGGACCACAACACAGGUCGGUGUUGAAAGCUCCCCGACGUUCCCUGGGGGAGAGGAUGACACCCGUGUUCAUGAGUGAGACCCCCCCUGCCCUGAAGGCGGUUCCUCAGUGGUGACACAGGUCCUGGGCCACUCGGGGGAGACUGUGGGGAAGGUGGCACCGACACCCGCCACCUCGGUGGCCCUGGAGCCCAGGGGAUGCCUCUAAAGGUGCUCUCACCGCGCCCUGAGAUUUCUGUUGACUUGGUUUGGGGGCGGGGCGUCCAGAGGCUCGGACGGAGGGGAGUGUGGCCCGCAUUGGGAGUGUACGUGACAGCCUCUCUGGGCGGUCGUGUUGAUUCGGUGGAUGCCCACCCCUCCGCCCGCCCGAGGCUUCCCGCUCUGCAGGUGCCCCGUGAUCAGAAUCCCUGUGGAGCUUUCUCAACACGCAGACCGGGGCCCGCCCGGUUUCUGGUCAGCAGGCCUGGCACAAGCCAGAGAAUCUGCACUUCUGGCAAGUUCCCAGGCGAUGCCGACGCUGCCUGGAAGCUGUCCUGUCCCCCCCUCCCCCCCUCCCCACCCCCAGAGCUUUGCCAUAAGCCGUGCUGAUUCUUAUCCCCUAAACUCCCGGAUCUGCACUUUGCUCCAGCCCCCAAACGCUGACCCCAGCCCAGGCCUCCAUCAUCCCUGGCCUGGUUGACCCCUCAACCUCUCUGCUGUUCCCUGGCUCUGGCUUUUUUCCUCAGUGGAACCAGGAGGGCUUUCUGAAAACAUACCUCUGGUUAUGUUGUGUCCCAGUUGAAAAGGCCUUUCUGUGGCAUCUCAUGCUCAUAGAAUUAAGAACAAAGCACAUUACGUGACCUUCAACACCCAGCGCGCCCACACUCGGCCUGCUGGGACCACGUUCCCCUCCGUGUCCGGGCCCCUUUCCAUCUCCAGCCCUGGUGUCUGGCUGACCCUUUCUCACCCCAGGCCACAGGGAAGCUAAGUUUCUCCGACCCCCAGGCCCUCCCACUGACGAGAUUCUUUCGUGUAAAGCCCGUGUAUUUAUCUGUGAGGUUGUCCUAUGAAUUCCCGUCUCCUAAUCUGCGAGCGCACGGGGACAGGAGCCCGGUUUCAUUCGCCUCCGUCUGCUCCCCCAGCACACAGCAGACACAGAUGCGUUUUCUGUUGCUGCAUAACCAGUCACCACACUCUCAGCAGCUGAAAACACAACUUGUCUGUGAGGUGCUGGGUUCUCUGCCCAGCACCACCCAGGGUGACGUCAAGGGGUCAACCAGCUCGGACCCUUAUCUGGAGGCCCGGGGGGAUAUCUGGCUUCAGGUUCAUGCAGGUUGUUGGCAGAAUCCAGUUCUGUGUGGUAGUUGGGAUGAGAUCCCCAUUUCUUUGUUGGCUGUCUUCUGAGGUCGCCCUCAGCUCCUAGCGGCCAAUCUCUGGACCCUGCACAUGGACCCUGUGUCUCUAAAGCCAGAGACGGUGCUUUCCACCUUUCGUUGCUUGAUCGAGAGUCUCUCUAACCUCUGCCUCCACUGCCAGCUGAAGAAAACUCUCUGCCUUCAAAAGGCUCCUGUGGUUGGAGUAAACGGUCCCAGAUAAUCUCCCUUUUUCCAUGUGACAUAAUAUAAUCACAAGGGAUGCCUCAUCAUGUUUAUAAGUUUUUUAGGAUUAUAUAAGGGUGAGAAUUAUUGGGGGCAGUUCGAAUUCUGCUAAACGUAGGAAUGAAAUGAGUAUUGGGGGGGGGAUGUAUACAUGGAUGGCUGGACAGAUGGGUGGGUAAUUGGAUGGGUAGAUGGAUGGAUGGCUGGUGGAUGGGUGAGUGAUUGGGUGGGUGGAUGGGUACAUGGGUAGGUGGAUGGGUAGUGGGUGGAUGGAUAGAUAGAUGGAUGGAUGGGUGGGUAGGUAGAUGGAUGGAUGGGUGGAUGGGUGGAUGGGUGGAUGGGUGGGUGG